GGGCGUCUCCUGACUGGCGUACUGGAGUUUGCGGUGACAUCCUUUUACAUGUCGACGCCCUCCGGCUGAAUAAACUGCUGAUUCCACCCGGAGAAGCACUUAGUCGCGAGCCCGUGUCCUCCACAGACUCCACCGGGUCUUUAACACCUGGAACCCGUCGCUUUGACUCCGGUUUGACGAGCCGCGGGUCAUCACGUCAGUCGGACAAAGGUCAGAGACAAGCGGACCGCUGGUUAUCUGCUCGGAACGGCUCGUGUCCUGACUCAUCAUGAAUUUCUUCCUGGAAACAAUCCAAGUCCUCCUCCUGUCCAUCUGGUACAACGUGGAGUCUCUCGUUUACCUCUUACUUCCCAGGAAGAAGAAGAAUGUAGCUGGAGAGCUAGUGUUGAUCACCGGAGCAGGGAGUGGGAUCGGUCGCCUCAUGGCUCAGGAGUUUGCUGCUCUCGGCACCGUGUUGGUGUUGUGGGAUAUUAACCAGGAAGGUCUGAAGGAAACCGCCAGAAUCACCAAAUCCAGAGGAGCCAGCAGAGUCCACUAUUACCUGUGUGACUGCAGCGACAAGAAUGAAGUCUACAGAGUGGCUGACCAGGUGAAACGUGAAGUCGGUGACAUCAGCAUCCUGGUGAACAACGCUGGAAUCGUAACGGGAAAGAAAUUCAUCGACUCUCCAGAUUCCCUGAUUGAGAAGACCAUGGAGGUCAACACCAUGGCUCACUUCUGGACCUAUAAGGCCUUCCUUCCUGCCAUGAUUGCCAACAAUCAUGGACAUCUGGUCAGCAUUGCCAGCUCCGCUGGGCUCAUCGGAGUCAAUGGAUUGGCAGACUACUGUGCCAGUAAGUUUGCAGCAGUUGGCUUUGCAGAGUCUGUUGGCCUGGAGCUGCUGGCGACAGGGAAGCAUGGGGUGAAGACCACCAUCGUGUGCCCCUACUUCAUCAACACUGGGAUGUUCGAUGGAUGUCAGACCAAGUGGCCCAGUGUGCUCCCGAUUCUGAAUGCCGAGUAUGUUGCCAAGAAGAUCAUCCACGCGAUCCUGACAGACCAGAUCUACCUGCUGCUGCCAAAGAGCAUGUACUUCAUAAACGCCCUGAAGACAAUCCUGCCCGUGAAGCAGGGUGUCCUGCUGGGACACUACAUGGGAGCCUUCAACCUCAUGGACACAUUCAGGGGACGAACCAAAAAACAAGAGUGAGGUGAUGAAGAGGAGGGAGAGAUGAAGGAGCUCCAGCCAUCCACAUCGCACUGAGUCCUGUUUCAUUUCAACUAAUGAGUUUGGGACGUUCCUGAUAGAUUUCCUCUUAAAUUCUGUAGCAGACGUUUGUAAUCGCUGAUAAUGAAGUAAUGUGAGGAUGAUGAGUAGAACGUAACUCGGGAUUGUUUCAAUGUUUAAUGUUAAUGUUAAAAGUGUUUUAGUGCCUAAAUCCAGCCAUGAAAUCUUUAUUUUACUUGAAAUUACCUCGUUAAAAAAGUGCCAGUGCUGUCUACACACAAAACAUGGAGGCUGCGUUCUGACGGUCCACGCCUUCAAGAGACGGCUACACCAACGAGACCUUUAUUCCACCUCUGUGUCUGGUUUCAGUCUAACGGGACUGUGCUGAUGUUGUGAAGAAGUUCUGGUUCUGGUUUCAGGUGAAGGAGUUCACAUGUCAAACUCAGCCCGACCUGACAGGGAUUUUACCAUGAUUUAACUUUAACAGCUUAUUAUGUUCCUAACUGUGGUAACAAUAAAACCAACAGUGAACAGA